AUGGCUGUACCCACAAAGGAUCUCGUCGACCUACCCGACGACAUUUUAGCAGUCAUGUUUGAUCAGAUACUGGUAACUAUUGGAGUAAGGAAGAUCAUGAACUUACGAGUUCUUUGCAGACUCUUCAAUACAAUAAUCACAAAGACUUUAUGCCUCGACUAUAUGGCAAACUCAAAAGGCCCAGUCGACGACGCUCUUGAACUAUGUCUCAAAUAUCCUGACAGCAAAUUGCCCGGCAUCGCACAUCUCUUCAUUCAUCUAGAAAUCAAAUACAACCCCCACCACAUAAUACUCUCUCCUGUCUAUUAUGCUAUCCAGUCUGUGAAAAUGCGUAGUAGCAACAUUCAGACAAAAGACAAACAAAUAGCUUUCGAGAUCCAGGUUUGCCAUGCGAUAGAAGAACGCUUAAAGUGGGGCUUGAAAGAUGACCGAGAUCCAGGUGCAUGUGGCCGAAGGAGAUUACAAUUUCGUAACGCUGCCAUCGGUGAAGAUGACGAAGCAAGGCUAGACAUACAAACUACUCUCAGUGUAGCUAUUAUUGCUGGAGAUGCUUUCGUUGUACGAGAGCUACUUUAA